CAUAGUGCCAUAGUGCAGUGCCACGACAUGACGCAGCUACUCAUACUCGUGCUGGCCGCAGCAGUUCUGCAGCUCGCGGAAUGCCAGUCCCUCCAGUGUCCCGCAGUGCGGACGCGGAGCGGCUGGCUGGACCUGUUCCCCAUCCCGUGCCGCAAGAGCGCGGACUGCGGCGUCAUGGGGGCCAACUUCCUCUGCUGCAACGACUUCUGCACCAAGGGGGAGAAGGCGGCCGAAAAAAUACGAACCACCGAGGCGACUAGCGUCAUUGGGCUCAGUAGUACCAGCACCGCUGCACCGACCACGCCAACUACCACCACUACCACAACCACACCAACAACUACCACCACUACCACCACUACCACCACCACCACCACACCCGAACCCACCACUACUACAACGACUACAACGACUCCCAGUACCACCAGCUCGACGACCACCACGACGACCACGACAACGCCGAAGCCGACCACGACCACGACUGCGGCGCCGCGGCCCUUCCUGCAGAUCCUGCCCAUACAGACCACGCCAGCUAACGCUCCAGCGAAGAUUAGUAAAUCCCAAAAGUACAUCUGUCCGAAGAGCAUCCCGGCGCCGGGUCUGUUCACACUGCCGUGCGACAGCAACGCGCAGUGCCGCGUCGUCGGUGGCCAGGAGCAGGUGUGCUGCAAGCGGCAGUGCGUGCGGGGCGAGCCCGCGCCGCGACCCACGCAGGCUGAGCAGCAGCACACGCCGCUGCUGGGCGUGAUCCCGCGCUCGUGUCCUGCGGCGCCGCUGGGCGAGCUGCUGUUCGAUGUGCAGUCCUGCCGCACGGACGCCGACUGCUGGCCUCGCGUGUGCUGCCCCGACGGCCGCCGCUCCUACUGCCGCACCGCGCGCGCCCGGCUCGACCUCGUGCCCGUCGCCAACAGGAUCGAGGGCCCCGUCCGCAUGCUGGAGUCGUACCUGCAGUGCACGCCGCCGCCGGAGGUGGACGCGUUCCCGCAGGCCUGCUCCACCAGCGUCGACUGCUUCCCCAACCUGUGCUGCGCGGAGGGCGGCAAGAAGCACUGCCGCCCGCCCCAGCGCAGCCUCUUCUCGCUUAUUGCAAAUGCCGCACAAAGAUUUGGAUAAUCGCAGUCAGCUAGCAGCUAGCAGUCCGCCGUUGUAAUUUGAUUAGUGAAUGAUGUAAAUAGAUGUAUAGCUCAUAAUAGUUAGUACCUACUUAGUGUUAUGUGUAAUUUAUACUUUUGUUACUUUUAUACAAUUUUACAA